AUGGCCGACUCCGAGGGCGAAAUCGAAGAUGAUGCAAGACUGCUCGAAGGCGAUGAGGCCACACAUGCACAAGCAAGUCCUUCUGGCGAUCGGCACGAGAGUCAAUCCAAUAUGGAGGAGAAGUUCGAGGAGCUAUCGGGCAACAUUAAAGAUGGUUUUUCUUCGCUUGGCGAAUUGUUGACAGAUCUGAUGCAACAAAAAUCACGAGGCAAGCGCUCCCGCCAAAAAUCAAGGUCUUCCUCGCCGGCCUCGGCUGACGGCGACCAAACAACCAGCCCUAAACGGGCAAGGCUCGAGGAUGAACAGAACGACGACGUAGCCGUGUUGCUUGGCGAGUCCCAGCCCCAGGGCCAGGGGGAAAACUCUGGCAAUGACAAUGAAAAAGAGUUUGGCGCAAUUUUGGACAGUGUUGUCCAAGAGCUAGACGAAGAACAGUUGGGGCCUGAUGUGUCCGAGAAGCUUGCCGAAGUUAUUAAUAAAACUCUGCGCUCAAAAUUGAGCGAGGAAAAACUUAAAGAAAAGCAAAACGCUUACCCUAGACCACAAAAUUGUGAAUCACUAGAAACUACUCGGGUUAAUCCAGAAAUCUGGGCACAACUACAAUCUUCAACCACAUCUCGGGACAUACGUCUCCAGAAAGUACAAAGCUUCUUGCUGAAAGGGCUACUGCCAUUAGUUCAGCUCCUUGAAAAUUGUCGACAAUCGGAUGAUAGGUCGACUGAUAAAGGAAAAAUCAUCAAGCUGGCUCUUGACUCAGUAAGCCUAGUCGCUCAGGCAAAUGUAGAGCUCAAUAGCCGGCGACGAGCAUUGAUUAAGCCUGAUUUGAAUGAAAAAUUUCAGCAAAUCUGUGGCGAUCAUGUGCCGAUUACAACAUUGCUUUUUGGGGAUGAUGUGGCCAAGACACUACAGGACAUUGCUUCCACAAACCGUGUCAGCCAAAAGGUUGCAACACCUACUCGUUGGCCCAGCUAUGCUUACCAAAACAACUUUAAUUGGCAUUCAAAAAAUGGACGGGGGAGGUUGAGGCCCCAAAACAACCUCCCACGUCACAAAAGGGGCCAGAGCCACUACAAACCACAGAGUCAGUGA